AUGGCUACCGAGCCAAGAGUGGUGGAGCGGACGCCCGACGGCACCUCGCCUCGAACAUAUGCCCUGAACCACCUGCGUCCCAAGUCGAGCUUCGGCGGUUGCUCGCGCAUCUCCGACUAUGAACUUUUGGGGAAGCUGGGAGAAGGAACCUUUGGUGAGGUCCACCGCGCACGAUCUCGAAAGACUGGUGCUUCGGUCGCAUUGAAGAAGAUCAUCAUGCAUCAUGAAAAGGAUGGUUUCCCGAUUACGGCUCUUCGCGAAAUCAAGCUGCUCAAGCUGCUCUCGCACAAGAACGUGUUGAGACUUGAGGACAUGGCCGUCGAACAUCCAACAAAACCAACCGACAAAAGGAAGAAACCCAUCAUGUACAUGGUAAUGCCCUACAUGGACCACGACUUGUCGGGUCUCCUGGACAACCCUUCAGUUCAGUUCAAGGAGGCACAGAUCAAAUGCUACAUGCUCCAGCUACUACAGGGUCUUCGAUACCUACACGAUAAUCGCAUCCUACACCGCGAUAUGAAGGCUGCCAAUCUGCUCAUCAGCAACCAAGGCAUCCUACAAAUCGCCGAUUUUGGUCUGGCCAGACACUACGAUGGCCCGACUCCCCAAGCCGGAAAAGACAUGGGCGAAGGGCGCCGUGACUACACUGGACUGGUCGUUACCAGAUGGUACCGACCUCCUGAGCUGCUGCUUCAGCUGAGACAGUACACUCCCGCCAUUGAUGUGUGGGGUGUUGGAUGUAUCUUUGGCGAGAUGUUGGUAGGCAAGCCGAUCUUGGCUGGCGAGAGUGAUAGCCAUCAACUUGAUCUCAUCUGGGAUCUUAUGGGCUCUCCCACUGAUGAAUCGAUGCCGGGUUGGAAACUCCUGCCUGGUGGAGCCCAUCUUUCACCACGCCAACGGCCUGGUGUUCUUCAAAACAGAUUCCGGGAAUUUGGCAAUGGCGCAGUUGAAUUGCUCAAGGACCUGAUGAGACUGGACUGGCGACGACGCAUCAACGCCGUCGAUGCUCUCGAUCACCGCUACUUCAAGAUGCAACCCUUGCCCAUGGAGCCUCACGAGAUCCCAAAAUACGAAGAAAGCCACGAGCUGGAUCGGAGAAAGUUCCACGAUCGCAAGGCUAAUCUUCCACCUGCCCCUAAGGGUGGCACGGUAGGCAUUGGUCCAGAUGCGAAUGGGCCCACUGCGGGAUUCAAUAGCAGCGAUGGUUACGGCAGUCGCAACGGUGGCGCCAAUGGCCGUUACCGCGGACCGGAUGAGCGCAGGCCCGAUGAGCGCAGGCCCGGAUGGCAGAGAGAUCGGGGUCCUCCCGGUAGACCUCCUCCUGCUCACGAGGAUGAACGAGGCCCACGAAGAGGCGGCGCUGCGCCCAGAGGAGGGAUGAUCGACCACCAAGGGAUGACCGGCUCCCAAGAGAUGACCGACUCCCUAGAGAUGAUCGACCCCCAAGAGAUGACCGACGGCCCAGGCCACCACCAAGGGAUGAUCGACCACCAAGGGAUGAACGGUGGCAGGAGGGGCGGCAGCAGAGCCGCAGUCGAUCCCCCAGGCAUGAUAGGGGCCGGGAGCGCGAGCGUGAACAGAGGGAUAUCUAUCGGCGGUGAGGAGCUGCCCCAGUUUACCCUUGGGUUCAUGCACCCCAGCAACAACAAAGACGAGGGGCUGGCUUACACCAGUGAGGCGUUGGGUUAUCAUCUUUAG